AUGUCCCACUCCCACACUGCCCACACCAUCAAGAGCGAGAAGCCUCCCACCUCUUCGGACAACCUUGAACCUUGUGAGUUGCACGACCUGUCGCUGGGAUUGCCGAGCGAUGACGACGGGGUGGUGCGAGAGCGAGACUGACCGACCCCGAACGGCGAAUAACCUCGGUCGCACCCACCAACGCCCACACAGACAAGGAUCAGGUGAUGAAGGAUGUUCAAAAGGUGCAACUUGUACUGAACGAGAAGGUCGAGAUGCAAGUCCUUGGAUGUCUGGUCGUCAACAGGCUGCUCACAGUCGGAACACAAGCUGACGGGACUCUUGUUGCACCGCCGAUCGCACCAAACCAACCCACUGCAACGCUCGAACACCUCCGAUCGCGCCUUGGGGAGCUCGGAAUGACCGACAGUGCGAGGAAACACUAUGUUGAUCCGGCGCAGGAGUAUCUCGUGGCACAGGCUCAUGCACGGCCGAUCAUGACCGUCAGUUGUCUUCUCGCUCGUCGGUGUGCUCGUCGUCACGCGUCACGUCGCGUCUCCAGCUGGCUUUCACGCUCAACUUAACCGCGCUCCUCGUGGCCUCGGCUCGCUGCGUCAGGCCGAUCGGGUCCCGGCGCAGCACCCGAUCGACCGCAGCACGACCUGACUUUUUAAGGUAUGGUCAACUGACUCACAUGAAUCAUCACAGUCGCUGCUCGGUGUCUUUUUUGCGCUGUCCUUCUUCCCCGUCCUUACGUUUGUCCUCUUCUCGCUCGGCGCCAUUCUCACCGUCGGUGGUACGGCUCUCGUCAUCUCUCUCGCCAUCCUCACGUUCGUCAUUGGCACCGCUGGUGAGUUAUCUUGCACGUCGUUCUUUGCCUAGACUAUGCCAUGAUUGCUGAUGGUAGCCGCGGCGAACUUUCAGUCACGCUCCUGAUCGGCACCUUGUUCGUGACGGGUUUUCUCAGCUUGUGCGCGCUCGGCUGGGUGCUCGGUGUCUACGCCUUGGUGAGGUUGGGUCAGAAUUUGCUCCACGAGGACAAUACCGUCGAGGGCCUCAAGGUCAGUGACACCAUGUUGUAUCAUCUGAUAAUCCGUCCGGCCGAGUCGAGGUGGGAAAAGCUCACCGAGAAAACCCUGACCCGAUCGCAGUCGUACUACGCCGAGAUGCACGGUCUCGUGUUCGGCACUCAUCACCACCACGGUCGUUCCGAGGGCAGCGAUCGCAACGACGUUGGAUCGUACCCGCACUCAUGA